UCAAAGAACAAGCAUAAUUAUUGUUUGGCCAACCCGCUUCAUCCUCCUAUCCAUAACUUCCAUACUCGUCGACAUACUCUGUUCAUGCAUGUCUCUCAUAUCCAAUUAUCCAUGCAUGGCUAGACGUCUCUCCUCUCCUCGCCUCUCUAUCCCUUCUCUCUAUCUGGCUAACAUCUUUGUUUUAUUUUUCUUUUCUAAACGCUUUAUUGUUGAGCUACUAUAGGAUCACAAUGAAUAGGGCAAACUGGAUAUGCGAGACCCAGAAAGGCAUAAGAUCGAAAGGUGUCUUUUUGGGUGAUAAUCCUUUGAAAUACCCAUCUCCAAUACUUCUUCUGCAACUUACUAUAGCUGCCUUGGUCACCGCUCUCUUCCAAUUCAUUCUCAACCCUCUCGGAGAAAGUGCUUAUAUCUCACAAAUGCUGGCAGGUAUUCUAUUGGGACCAUCAUUCUUAGGAGGAGAAAAUGAUUUUGCAGAAAUAGUUUACCCAGUUAAAAGUUUCUACAUCAGCCAAACCUUUGCUUUCUUUGGUUGCAUGCUUUUUCUAUUCCUAGUGGGUGUUAAAAUGGAUUUGAGUAUAGUCAGACGGUCGGGAAAGAAAGCUGUGGUCAUAGGCCUCUCGGCAUUUUUCGUCCCUUUGGUUCUAAAUGUAGGCUUCGCUCUCGUUCUGCAACGUACGGUCACCAUGGAACCCCAGUUGCACAAAUCACUUGUAGCCAUAGCAGUGUUUCAGUGCCUAAGUAGCUUCCACGUCAUCGGUUGUCUCUUGGGCGAUUUGAAGCUCCUCAACUCGGAGCUUGGUCGUUUGGCUGUGUCUUCUUCGAUGAUUAGCGGAGUCAUCUCUUGGAUUUGGGUCAUCCUGGCCUUCACAGUACGGCUAAGCACCAUGAAAAAAACCGGAAACUUGCCUUUUAUGGGUUUAAGUUUAGCCGCAUUGUUUGUUCUAAUUAUAUUCAUAAUGAGGCCAAUAAUGCUGUGGAUGGUUGCCCAAACAGCUACAGGCAAACCCAUUAAAGAGAGCUACAUAGUCUCCAUCUUCAUCAUGGUCAUGAUUUGUUCCCUUCUCGGUGAGAUUGUGGGCCAGCAUUUUUUGAUUGGGCCUAUGGUUUUGGGCCUCGCCGUGCCAGACGGCCCGCCUUUGGGAUCAGCAUUGGUGGAGAAACUUGACUCGUACGUUUCCAACAUUCUGUUGCCGAGCUACUUUCUGUUCACUGGUGCAAGAAUCAAUUUGAGUGAAAUCAGAAUGAAGACUGUUGGGAUUGUGGAGGUGCUGGCUCUCAGUAGCUUUUGUGGUAAAGUAUUAGGGACCAUGGUGCCUUCACUCUAUUGCAAAAUGCCUGCUAUCGACGCACUUUCAUUAGGGCUCAUCAUGAGUGCCCAAGGCAUCACCGACCUUCUUGUCUUGCAACAUGGAAUGCUACUCUUGCUCAUUGACGGAGAAUGCUACAGCAUCAUGAUUCUGUCAUCGGUUUUAUUUACUGGAAUCAUCACCCCCAUAGUGAAAUUUCUGUACAACCCCUCUAAGAGAUACAAGUCCACAAAGCGAAGACGAACCAUUGAGCAUUCCUUGCCAAACAUGGAACUCGGACUUCUUGUCUGCAUGUUCCACCAAGACAGCACUCCCUCCAUCAUAAACCUAAUAGAAGUCUUCAAUCCAACCCCCAAGAGCCCCAUUUGCUUCUGCGUUGUCCACCUCAUCCGUCUCUCAGGUCGAACAGCUCCAGUCCUCAUAACCCACAGACCCGGGAAAAACACCUCUUUACACUCAAACAACUACUCCGAUCACAUAAUCAAUGCCUUCAGAUUGUACCAAGAACACAAUGCCAGCAGUGUCAUAAUGAAUGCAUUCACCGCAAUUGCGCCCUAUGCCACAAUGCACGACGAGGUUUGUACACUUGCUUUUGAAAAAAGGACUUCCAUGAUAAUAAUCCCAUUUCACAAGUUUUUCAGUGCUAUCCAAUGCACCGAAGAAUUAGCGCAUCCAAUCAGGUCUGUCAACAGAAAUAUUCUUCAAAAUGCUCCGUGCUCAGUUGGGAUUCUUGUAGACCGAGGUACGUUGAAUAAAAAACCAUCCGCUUUACACACUUCUAUAUCAGGAAGAAGUUUGUACAGCGUUGGGACGAUCUUUGUUGAGGGACCUGAUGACCGCGAAGCAUUGGCGUUAGCGACGCGGAUGGCUGGAAACCCCAAUGUCAGCCUAACCGUUACCAAAUUUACCGAUCCCAAGCAAAAUAAAACCCAGAAAGAGAUCGAUUCGGAAGUUAUAAUGAAGUAUAAGACAGCCAUUGAUGGCAAAAAACAGCAUGUCUACAAAGAGGUACAUGUCAAAGAUAGCGUCGACAUGAUCAAUGAGAUUAGAUCGAUGGAGGAUUUUUUUGACCUAAUUCUGGUGGGGAGAAGACAUGAUAGUGAUUCGCCGUUGUUCAUGGGACUUACCGAAUGGAAUGAGUUUCCGGAACUAGGGUUCCUCGGAGACAUGUUAGCAUCUUUUGAUGCAAAUUGCGAGGUGUCAGUGCUGGUGGUGCAGCAACAAUCGUUUGGAUGUGCUGAAAAAGAGAAGACUGAUAUCUUUAAUUGCCAUGUGAAGGAUUCGUUUUCUGUUGUGGAUAUACCUCAUAAUCGACAUUAACAAAGUGUGGCCACUUUGAUCUUAGGAGAUUAACAAACACUACAAGUACGUACUAUGGAAUUGUAAAUAUUUGGGAAGUCUACAUGGUUCGUGCGACCUUGACAUAUUUGCUUAGAUCGAUAAAUUUGUUAAAGAAUUGUGCAUGCUAGACUAUAGGGCUAAUGUUGAACAUAAGCUAGCUAGAGAUCAAAAUUUCAUCGUACUUUUUUUUUUUAAGUGUGGGGAACAUACAUUAUUGUAGAAACACAAAACAUGUAGAUCAUAGCAUAAUAAAACAAAAUGGGUGAUAAAUAUCUCUGAUCAUGAAAUUUAUGAUCACCUAAAUUACUUUCAAUAAUUUAAUCUUACACUUUAAAUUUAUAUCCAAUAAUAAGUGAUUAUUACUUUCUUGGUCAUCAGUGACCGAGUGAA